AUGGGUGGGGGCGGGCAGGAGGACAAAUUACUAGAGCUGGAGCCCCCACAUAAGAUGGACCUGGACACAGAGCCGGAGGUGGAGCCUGAGGCCAAGCUGAGCUCCAACUUGGAGGCUGGCCAUGAAGACCUGGAGGAGGAGAGGUACAGAGUAGAGCCCAUCCACCCCUACAUGGAGGAGCCGCCGGAGGACGACACCCAGCAGGUGGGCUACCCGACUCCUGUGGAGGAGGCACCAGCCACCCCCUCCCAUAACUCCAUCCACGUGCAGACCUCCAAGCACCUCUUCUGGGCAGACAAGAUCACCCAGGCCUCGGAACAGAACCUGCAGCGGGAGACCAGCGGGCAGCUGAGUGAGAAGAGCUCAGAGAAGACCAUCAGCCCCCUGAACCAGGAGUCGGUCCCCAAGGAUGCCCCGAGCUCCGAGAAGCCGCUCCAGAGCCCCAGUACCCCGCCAGAGCCUCCGGACGCCGGCUCCGGCCAGCCGUCGAGCACCCACUCCUCCUCCAGUCUCCCAGCAGUCAUCAGCCUGCAGGAUGUGGUCAACUUGGCCACGUCCCUGGCCAUAGCCUCCUCCAGCAAGGUGGACCUGUCCGGUUUGGAAUACGUGAUGAAAGCUCCCCAGCAGAAGUCCAUGGAGCCCUCUCCGGCGCCGCCGCCCUCGGUGGAGAGUGCCACCCCUCGUGCCAAGGAGGAGCCGGAGCAGGAGAAGCCCCCUGAGUUGCUAAGGAAGCCACCAGAGAAACUGCUGGAAGCCGGGGACCCAAAGAAAGUGUGCAAGCAGAAAGACGAGAACAAAUUGCCCCUUCACCUUGACUUGAGCAAGCUGGGGUCCCGGAAGGCCAUCAUCGAAGGGAAAGUGACGUUCCUCCAGACCCCAGUCACGUCCCCCCCACAGACAAGAGACAGGAAAGAGUAAGCGAGGCUGGCGCGCAGCUCCCCUGCAAGAGGAGGCUGUGCCGGGACCUGU